AUGGAUGGGCUGCGAGCUCAUGUGGACAACACUCGCGCCGACGUCAUGCGCACUCUGGCUGCUGUUCAACAGAACUUGGUGGCCGUUGGGAACUCGUUCCAGUCUCACUGCGAGAGAAUCGACCAGCAGAUGGAGCAGCGCUUCGGGCAGAUCCGUAACGAGAUCCACGAGCAGAACAACAAUAUCACCUCCAUGCAGUCCGAGAUCAACGAGCUUCGCCAGUUGCUGGGCGCCGUCCGUGCGGAGACCCCCUCGGCAACGCAAGCUGUUCCUGCUGGUGGCAAUGGCUUUGAUCGUAAGGUCGACACUUCCAUCAUCGUGCUUCGCUCUCGGGACCCAGUGCCCCGCCAAAAUGCUCUUACAGGUUUCAUGCCAGUGCUCGACGCCGCCAACAUCGAUGCGACCGAUGUGGAGAUCGAGGGCGACCCCAUUGCCAAACGCUUCCAGGUUCGCUUCAAAGGUGCCCACGGAUAUGCCACUCGCCGAGCAUCUCAGACGCUUUCCGCGAUGCGAACCCUCGGACCCAACCCGGACUGGAUGCAGCUCACCGCGAAGACCGCCACGAACGCCAACACCCCGCUGUACGUCAGCAGCGACAAGAACCCCUUUCAGAUCCAGCGUGAGAUUGGUCUCAAGCUACUACGCGCCGCCAUUGAACAAGAAUACACGGGUCGUCGCUUCUACAGUGACAAGGUCAAGGGAGAGCUCAGCCUCAACUGGAAAGUCUUCGUCCGCAUCACUCCCGUUCCUGGUGUGGGCGAGCCGCCCAAUAUCGAGUGGGCCAGGAACCACAUCGACGCGCUGGGCUUGGAUCGUGCGAAGCUCAGUGAGAUUGCAGCCCGUGUCUUCGCCCGCGAAGAGGCGCAGAACCCAGGUCUUGGCUACGCCGACUGGCGCGGCUCGCAGGACCGCGUGUGGACCAGCCUCUUCUCCUCCCUCACCGAGAUUGAGCUCUCCGACCCUACCCGCGCUUCCAUCGCCACCUCCUCCACCUCCGUGAUCGACCGCCUCUUUGUAUCGCUGCCAGGCUGGGUGGCCACACACAUGCAUGCCACGGGUUACACUAAAGGGCAAGUCGAGAUUUUGAACCACAGAGGCCUCUCGGAUCACGUUGGGAUCGCGGUGGACCUUCGACCUGCGCCCCCGAAAGACCCCAAGCAGCAGCCCAUUCCCAAUGCCAUCUUCCAGUCCCCUGUGUUCCGACAGUAUGUCCAAUCCCACCUCGACGUCGUCGACCUCUCCCUCUAUGACCCUCCCUACCGACUCCAGAUUUACAAAAACCUCCUACGGGACGCGGCCCGAUUUACCCGACAGGCGCCUGGCGCGAUCGAGACCCUCUAUGCCUGUCUUUGGUGGGUGCUCGAGGGCGGGACUCUCGGAUACGAUUUCAACUUUCUACUCGGCGCCUUUCUCCCGAAAGGAUCCAAGGCAACCAAGUGCCAGAUCGUGCCGUUGAGCGGCCCCUUCACGCCUGCCCUUGCUGCCCUGUACCAGCAGAAGCUUCGCUCGCUGGUCGUGGACUGGAGCGAGUUCGCUGUUGUGCCGAACCUUCUUUACCUGGGGACGUGGAUGGGGCCAAAUGCAGAAGAGAAGACCCGAGCCCCGACAGCCGGGCGCGCGGCGGCGCCCGGCGUGCCUGCCAUGGCGGACCUCGAGGGGCAGCCUGCGGCAGCCGCGGCGCCCGCGGAGGCGCCGGCUGCCGAGCCGGCGGGCGCGCCGGCCGCGGCGCCGGCCGGGCCGCCGGUGCCAGAGGAGCCACCCGCCGCGGGCCGCGCCGCGCCGUCCUGGGCCGAGAAGGCCGCCGCGGCGCGCCGCGCGGUGCCGGCCGAGAGGGCGGCCCCGGCGCGGAGCGCGGACGCGCCUGCCCGGCAGCCCAGGGCCGAGGAGCAGUCAGAAGACGUCCUGCAGACAAUCCGAAGAGGCUUGGAAGAGCUCUCUAGGAAGCCCGUUCGGCACGCACCGCCGCCGCGGGCCCCCGCCGGCGCUUUGGCGUACGGCUGCGGACCAGACUCGCCACGGGA